AGCAAGCAACCGUAAUCAUUGCCAUCGCAACAAGCAGGCAGCCACCGACUCCGCUAUACCGCACGCCUACACACCUGCUCUACUGCACCGCCACAACUACAUUACGCACUCGCAACCCACACCAGCGACCCAGCCCACUUUGUACAAAACCCACACCGACGCUCGUCCAAUCCGUCUUACAGUAGCUCCGUCCACACAGCUUGCGCCGUCAGCAAACCGACCCAGACUGCACUCGACAUUGCCCUAUACUUGUAGCUGAACUCCUACGAGUUUCUAAUUCCAAAGUAAACAUGACGCUCGCAGAAGAGUUCAAGUCGCGAAAUUUCAGUAUCUACGGACAAUGGACCGGAGUGCUGUGUAUAUUCCUAUGCUUUGCGCUGGGCAUUGCCAACAUCUUUCACGCCAACUUUGUCAUUGCGUUCAGCAUCGUAUGCUUGGUGUGCUCCUUCAUCAUCAUAUUUAUUGAAAUACCGCUCCUUCUUCGCAUCUGCCCAACCUCGUCGAAAUUCGACGAAUUCAUCCGCAAAUUCAGUUCCAACUAUAUGCGCGCUGCCAUCUAUGGUGUAAUGAGCGUUAUACAAUGGAUCAGCAUCUGGCCCAUGGCUACGAGCUUGAUUGUCGCGGCCAUCUUCCUGAUGCUUGCUGCAGUCUUCUAUGCGCUUGCCGGCAUCAAGGGCCAGCAGUUCCAGGGCAGCAAGACGCUUGGUGGGCAGGGCGUUGCACAGAUGAUCAUCUAAAGAGGAGGCUCACAUGGCGGGAACACGGUGAGAGAUUGGAUGAGAAUGGGGUCGAUGUGGGCAACGAUUGCGAAUGUACAGCCUGUUUUGAAAUACACACAGGGACCGAGUGCGAAUUGGAUACUGUCAUAACAGCCGCGUCCUGGUGUCGGGCCACGAUUGAAUCUAUUUGUAUCACGGGCGAAAAGCCAGGCGUUAUUGGGAGAUAUCUACCACAGGGAUUGCCUGAAGCCGAAGGCGUGUGGCCAAACUUAGAGGCACGAGAAUGCGAUAUUAUAUUUUCACUUCUGUGGUAUACCUUUGACAGUCGAAUAUUGGUCAUAAAGUACUACUAGUUAGCCCAAGGCGGGGGAACAUACGUAACUGUACAUGUGGAG